AUGGUCGGAAAGAAAUCGGGUAAGGCCCUUCGGGAUGAGGGCCUGGAGCGCACCGAUAACAACAUGGAACUAUCCAGCUGGCCCCAGAUUCCAGCAAUCAACCAGAAGAACUACUACACUGACUACCUGAAGCGCGACGACCAGAACCUUGCGUUCCGCCUGCAAAAUGAGGAGGCAAGAACGAGAAUGACGAAGAAGGCGAAGGACCACGACCGUGCCAUGGCAAUGGCCAAGCCCGAGACUGCGGAAGGCGAGGGCGAGGCAGAUGGCGAUGCCAACAUGGAGGAUGCGGAAGAGACACCAGCUGAGAUGGCUGGCUCCAAGGUCAUUGUCAUUCACAUCGGCAGCCAGAAUCUCCGUAUUGGUCUUGCGAGUGAUGCGCUACCAAAAACCGUACCCAUGGUUAUUGCGCGAAAAGCAGCGACCAGCGAGUCUGAAGACUAUGCAGAACCCAAGCCGAAGAGGUUCAAGGCCGAGGAUGAUUCUGAGCUAGAGCCUGAGAAGGCUUUUGGUUCUGAGUGGUCCUCUCAGUUCAACCGGAUGUCUGCAGAGUUGAAGGUGCAUAUGCGACAGAACAAGCGACGGAUGCUUCCUAACUCCAAGGAGAUGGUGGUGAACUACAACCGCAGGACAGUACCGGAGAUCAUCUCUGAACACAACGACCCGAUGCGUGUCGAAUGGACCGAGCUCUCGAAUCCCCCACCAGAGUAUGUCGUUGGGCAGCCGGCGCUGAGAAUACCCGACGCAUCAAAACCUCGAUACAAGCUCUAUUGGCCAAUUCAAAACGGCUGGUGUAAUGAGAAAGACUACGAAAGUAAGAGGAUGCUGUUCCUGGAUAUCUCACUGAUCCUGGAAGACGCUAUCCAGAACCAAUUGGGCCUGACCAGUAAAAAGGACUGGACACAAUACUCUUGUGUAUUCGUCAUCCCAGACCUUUACGACAAGGCCUACGUCACCCAAGUUCUGGAGAUGUUGAUGCGCGAAUUUGCAUUCUCUCGGGUGUGUUUCAUUCAAGAAAGUCUGGCGGCCACCUUUGGUGCCGGCUUCACCUCAGCCUGUGUGGUUGAUAUCGGAGCGCAAAAAACGUCUAUCUGCUGCGUGGAAGAAGGCAUGUGCGUUGAGAACUCGCGUGUAAACUUGAAGUUUGGUGGCCAAGACAUGACCGAAGCCUUUAUCAAGAUGAUGCUGCACGAUCACUUCCCCUAUGCCGACAUCAAUCUACGGCGCAGACAUGACUUCCUCCUGGCGGAAGAACUGAAGAAGAACAUCUGCACCAUGAACGAAGCAAGCGUCUCUCCCCAGGUCUUUGACUUCCAUCUUCGUGUGGCGGGCCAGGAUACGCGGAAGUACUCAUUUAAGGCCUUUGACGAAGUUCACCUUGCGCCAAUGGGUGUCUUUGAGCCUAGCAUCUUCGAUAACGAGAAUAAAAUUGACGGUCGACGGACUUUGAUUGGCCGAUCCGCUGAUAUCUACGACGGACAGCCCAACGAUCCUACUUCUGCCGCGCAGUCAGAAAUUUUGACAGCCAUUGCUCCCCCUUUGGCUAAGAUUAAUGGUGAAUCUCCCUCAGCAGCCGAUGUUCAAGCCACGCCCAGCCGCCCACAGCACCCCACUGCUAUCAGCAAACUCCAGGAGCUUGAGGGGACUCCCCGGUCUUCUGCAGGCGGUACAAGCACACCCGCAGUAGCAGCUUCAUCCCAGACAUCUCGUCCCCCAGCCGUGGAAGAACGUGAUGAUAUCAUACCAAUCUACGCCUUGGACAACGCCAUUCUGACUUCCAUCGCACACGCCGCUCGUUCCGACGAGAAGAAAAUGCGCGAUUUCAUUGGUGGUAUCAUGGUAGUCGGCGGCGGCAGUCUGACGGCUGGAUUCCAUUUGUUCCUGGAAGAGCGCCUGCAGGCUCUUCGUCCUGGUUUUGCCAAGGAGAUCAUGAUUGGAACACCGCCUCGAGACUUGGACCCCCAGGUUGUAGUUUGGAAGGGUGCCAGUAUUUUUGGCAAAUUGGACGCCACGAAUGACAGCUGGAUUGGACGAUUGGAGUAUGAUCGACUUGGGCCGCGGUUGAUGGCCUACAAGUGUAUGUGGGCUUAUUGA